AUGGUGACGACGAGAUCUUCUCUCGGGGGGCGUUCUCCCUCGCCUGCUGCGGGAAACGUUGAUGCGACGACGACGAGCAAAAAGAAGAAUUCUGACGAUGCGAGGAGCACUGAGGAUGAUGAUAACGACGAACAACAACCGACGUUGGCGGAUGUCCUUCCGUUAAUUCAAGAGUAUUUGAAAUCGACCGGUUUGUUCUCGCGAACGGUUGCCGCGCUGAACGCGGAGACGCAACUGAAAAAAGUGAAAACUGCGUUAGAGGAGUGCAAAGAAAGCAGAGUAUUAGGCGGAGAAGGCGAGACGCUGAUGGAGGUGUGCAAAGCGUUCGUGGAGAGUAAACGAAGUAAACGAAGUAGAGAUGAUGACGAGGAGGAGGACGAAGGAGCAUCGGCUGCUAAAAAGAAGGCGAAAAUUUUAGGAGGCGAAAGUUCGUCGUCGUCGUCCUCGAGCAGCAGCGGCAGUUCUUCUUCUUCGUCUGACUCGGAAUCCGCCGAAAAGAAAGAAGAGGCGAAGAAGAAGGAAAGCAGCUCAUCGUCUUCUUCGUCUUCGUCUUCUUCUUCUUCUUCCAAGUCUGAGGAGGAAAAGAAAAAAGAGCCGUCACCGAAGUCGUCUUCAUCAUCUUCGAGCUCGUCGUCGUCUUCCUCGUCUUCCGAGAAGAAAGAAGAAGAAAAGAAGAAAGAUUCGUCUUCGAGCUCCUCCUCAUCAUCGUCGUCGUCGUCUGAAUCUGAAUCCGAGAAGGUGAAAGAACCGACGCCUGUGAAGAAAGACUCCUCCUCGAGCAGUUCGUCGUCCAGCUCUUCCUCGUCUUCUGAAUCCGAGAAGAAGGAAGAAGAGAAGAAAGAGUCGUCGUCUUCGAGUAGUAGCAGUUCGUCGUCCUCGGAGUCCGAGAAGAAAGAGGAAGAGGAGAAGAAGAAGGACUCGUCAUCGUCUUCGUCCUCGUCAUCGUCCAGCAGUAGCAGUAGUAAGAAAGAAGAAGGAGAGAAGAAGAAGGAGAAAGAUUCCAGUAGUAGCAGCAGUUCCUCAUCAUCCUCCUCCAGCAGCAGCGACGACGACGAUGAACCCGCCAAGAAGAAGGCGAAAGCCUCGACGCCAGAACCGGCGAACGUGUCCGAGAAGGUGCCAGACUUCGCGAAGAAAGCGAAAUCGGUCCCCGCGAAGAAAGGUCCGAACCAACCGUUUCAACGCGUGAAGAACGAAGAGUGGUUGGGACAAAAAGGCAGUUGGGACAUGACGUACGAAGCGGCGUUCGGGGAGAAAGGCGUCGGGUGGAAAGCGCAGGAGGUUUUAGGGAAAGUUAAAGGCGCGAGGUUUACGCACGAGAAGAAUAAGCGGAAACGAUCGACGUACAGAGGCGGCUUGAUUGACGACACGGCGGUGAAUUCGAUCAAGUAUCCGAGCGAUUCGGAUUAA